ACAGCUGCAUCUACGAAAGAUGCCUCUAAAUUUAGGCGUUCUGGUUUUCUGCUGCCUGAACCAUUAAACUUCAGCUCUGCGGGAAAGCAAGUCGCCGUGACUAAGAAGAUGGCCUCGUGUCUGUAUGAAUGCCUCUGUGAGGCGGAACUUCAAAAAUAUUACCCGCAUUUUACCGCCCUCGGCUUCCAGAAAAUCGACGAACUUGCCAAGGUCUCCAUGAAGGAUUACAGCAAACUCGGGGUUCAUAACAUGAAGGACCGCAAGCGUCUCUUCCAGCUCAUUCGGAUCAUCAAGAUGCUGCAGGCCGAAGACGAAGCGGUCAGGAAAAAACAGGAAGAUUUCCAGAAAAGUACCCGCCGCCUGCGACCCCAGCUCACUCGGUCCGGCCCACGGAGACAACUCCAUUUUGAUUCCGAAGAGAAAGGUCAACGGAAAGAGGUUGAAUCUGGGUCGUGCGCCUUAUCUCCCAGUUCUUCAAAUGAGGGUAAAGAGGAGGCCGCUGCGGUGUUUGGCCAUGAUUCGGUCCACAAAAGACCCAGGAAGGACUCCUUAAAAGCAUCUGCAAGCUGGACAGAGAACCAGCUAGUGGUCCCAGCUCCAAGUCCAUCUAACGAUGUUUUAGGAGACACAGACAUUUCCUUUGUACAGAGAGUAGCUCAUAUCUCGGGCUACAAUUACGGAGUGCCUCAUUCUUACACCAGAACGACUGCUGGUGAGAAAGAGACCCCGUGGAUCGAAACGGACAAGAUCCGUGUGUGUGUGCGAAAACGCCCCCUCGGUCUACGAGAAGAGAGGCGUGGAGAAGUGAACAUCCUCACAGUGGAAGACAAGGAAACGCUGCUGCUCCAUGAGAAGAAAGAGGCCGUUGACCUCACACAGUACAUCUUGCAGCAUGUGUUUUAUUUUGACGAAGUCUUUGGGGAGUCCUGUUCCAAUCAAGACGUGUACAUGAAGACGGCCCAUCCUCUCAUUCAACAUGUAUUUAGUGGAGGCAACGCCACCUGCUUUGCGUACGGACAGACAGGGGCAGGAAAAACCUACACCAUGUUUGGCACCCAUAAAACGCCCGGCCUCUACGCCUUGGCUGCUAACGAGAUCUUCAAGCAACUGGAAACAACUCAGGCUAGGAAAGAUCUCCAUGUCUGGAUCAGCUUUUAUGAGAUCUACUGCGGGCAGCUUUAUGAUCUGCUAAAUGGAAGAAAGAGGCUUUUUGCAAGGGAAGAUAGUAAGCAUGUUGUACAAAUAGUUGGGCUGCGCGAGGUCCAUGUGAACACGGUCAACCUGCUCCUGGAGGUUAUUCUGAAAGGAGGGAAGGAGCGCAGCACAGGAGCGACUGGAGUCAACUCUGAUUCUUCCAGGUCCCAUGCCAUUAUCCAGAUCCAGAUGAAGGACCCUGCAAACAGAGUGUUUGGGAGGAUCUCGUUUAUUGACCUGGCUGGCAGUGAGAGGGCCGCUGAUGCCAAAGACUCUGACCGACAGACAAAAAUGGAAGGAGCAGAAAUCAACCAGAGUCUUCUAGCACUGAAAGAAUGUAUCCGUGCGCUCGAUCAAGAACACGCUCACACCCCCUUCAGACAAAGCAAACUGACCCAGGUCCUGAAGGACUCUUUUGUUGGCAACUCCAAGACGUGCAUGAUUGCCAACGUGUCACCCAGCCACGUGGCCACAGAACACACCUUAAAUACCUUGCGCUAUGCUGACAGGGUAAAAGAGCUGAAGAGAGGGAUGAAAUCUUGCACCCCUAUUGCCAGCAGACCCCGGGCAGCGGGACACACGUCUCCUAAGCGAAUCCAGACGUCUCCUUACAUCCAAGUUGGAGGGAAGAGCUCUCCCAAAAAAGUCAAGCUGGGGUUGCAUCACCCUCUGAUGCCGACACCCUUGUCCAAGCUGAAGACCUCUUUGCUCUUUCAGCCGGUGCACCUUCCUUUCUCCUCCACGCCGAAAGCCCAGGGGCGCAAAGAAGCUUUGGGAACUCCGUGGCCUGGUUGCCCCAGCGCGGAAAGAGGGAUCCCGAAGGCAGAGUCGACCUCCAAGAAGCUGGCUGAGGAACCUGCGGCAACGUCUGAGAAAAGCCACCUCCGGAAGGACUCGGCGGCCAGGAGAGAAGGCGGCCAGGAGGACAGGCAGCGGGGGAAGUCUCCGAAAGUCGAACCGGUGCAGAAGCGACUGGUUUCCAGGGCUGAUUUUUCCCAUCACGGCUCAGAUGGCCUGUCGGAUCACGAGGACGAUCCCGGGAGGCUCUUUGCGGAUCAGUGCGUGGCCGCCUGGAUGGGCGUUUCCUCCCAUCAGAAAGACCGAGAGCAGCACCUGCGGCUUUAUCACCAGCAGUUCCAGCAGCCGCCUCUCCUCCAACAGAAGUUAAACUACCAGCCCUUGGAAAAGUUUUUAGCUCGGUACAAGUCCCAGGAGAUCCAGGUGAGGCCGGAGGGCUCUUGCCCUGACUCCGGGUCCCCUCAGGGCCGGGAUGAAACCAUGCAGCUGGAGGAACUGGACGACAGCGACUUCAGCGAGGACUCUUUCUCUCCCGGGCCCGGUCGGAAGAAGGCGGAGAAGGACGCUCGAAAGCAAAGCAACCAGAAUUCCUUUUUCCUCCAUCGGAGAGAUUUCGGGGCUGGGGAGCGGGACGGAGAAGAGGAGCAGACGCUGUUCUGUAAAUGGUACACGUUUGAGAAGGGAGGAAGAGCCUUCCCAAGCGAGGAAGAGUCCAGCAGCUACGAAGAAGGCGGUAGAGGUUUAUGUGAUUGGAGCUCAGGAGAAAUAGCAGCGGUGGGCUCUUCCCCGCACAGGGGCAUCCCGGAGAAACCUUAUUGCUCGAAGGAAGAUGACGGCCUUACAGGCCACAAGAUACAUUCUCCAGGAUGUCCCGUCGAGAAGAAGCCGGCAAGAUCCUCGGAUCCGUCUCACGGUUGUCCCGACGGACACUUCUCCCCGCCAAGGAAGAGAACGCCAAGUCCACCUCUCGCUGCCAUCUUGCUGGAGUCCCCCUUUUCGGAAAAAACGGGUCUCCCCAAAGGGACGGACUUCCGUGGAGUGUUAGACUUCCCCAUGGCUGAUGACUCGGUGACCCCUUUGUCCAUAUCCUUCCUUAACUCGGGAUCAGCAGAGAGUGAAGGGAAGAAGAGGACCGACGAAGAAGUUGUCAGCAGGGGCUGGGAGGAAGACGCCGAGCACGCUGGUGAAAGCAGGCAACCCUCUGCGUCCAGCAUCUACGAAAUUAAUCACUGGGGGAGAAAAACCGAGCGGGGUCUUUCCCCAGGGGCCCAAUUCCAGUGGCUCCCUCAGUCUUGUCCCUGUCCAGGGGAUGCUUCCAUCUUGGAGGCCACAUGGGCCUUGGGGGAAUGUGGUUGUGGCUAUGCCAGUGAAGAUCCUCUGGCCGAACUCUUUCCUCGGCACACGGGGGGAAGGGCCUCGCUUCGUGGAAACCUACAAACAAGCGAAUAUUCAACCACCUGUGACUCCGAUCCCGAAGUGGCAAAGAUGGCUCUUUCGUGGAGCUAUUCGGAUCAUCUGGGUUUGGGGCAAAAAGAGACCCCUGUGCUCUUGGGCCCGUCCAGCGCCGUUGAUAAGGGAGGAGCAUCUUCCCCUCCAAAUGCUUCAUCCGGUUCUGAUAACGCAGGAAAGAAGCACCUCUCAGAACGAGGUCCCCCGUCACCGUCUGAUUUGUCCCACGGGACUGUGGAGCGGUGGCAUUCAGAGGAAGCCUGCAGGAAGGAAGAAACCCAGGAGAUGCACAAUUGUGAGGAUACGGAGCAGGAUUCGGAGGCUGAACCCAAGGGGACUGUUGCCGAGACGGCAGAGAACCCACAGGAGGCUUGUGGGCAGGUGGGCUUGGCUGAAGGUGCCCUGAAGGAGAAGGAGGCGCUGGGAAGCAGGCAGCUUGUUCUUCGAACCCAUCAGGAGCAGCUGGACGAAAUGGCCGCCUUGGCGUCUCGGGAGGAACGCUUGAUGGGCAUGAUGUCAGAUUUGGAAUUUGAGGACUGUCUGAUGAAACUGGACGAAAUCCUGAGCCUGAAAGCCGAAUGCAUCCGCCGGGCACGAAGCCGGCUGCAGCUCUGCUUUGCUGCUCCCUCAAGUGGCACCACGCUACUACCGGUUUCCUCCACCUAGUAAGGAGGCGCGAGAGCCAGACGGGCUACGGACAGCAUUUCAAAGUACCAAAGAGAUCCGAUUGUCAUGCUUAGCAUGUUUUCGGAAGAAACCUACAUGUCAGUUAACAAGGGAACUUGGCUGAUGACCAAGGCGGUUCCCCUCUCUCCCAAAUUGCUUCAGGCUAGAUCUUCCAGAAUCUGUUGAAAGGAAGGAGGGGAGGAGAUAUCACCUGCUCCCAAAGUCAUCCAGGUUUUCCUGCCUGGCUGUCAUUGGGUGAGUCUGAGGAGUGUCUGAGCUGUGACAAAGGCAGCUGCGUAAUCUCCCCCCACUUCUCUGCUUAACAAAAAUGCUACAUUAAUACUUCGGCUACCCCAUUAGCUGCCAUCAGUCCACUGAAACGCCCACCACAAAAUUCAAAGCCUAAUAAUUUGGAAUUUGAGGGACAAAAGGUGGAGAAGGGAUGUCUUGAAAACCUGCAGGUGAAAUAAAGGCAGCCCUCCUAACCUGAAAUCUUCACAUUGGCUCCGCUAAAUAUUAGCACCGGUGCAAAUGUUCGCUGGACAAACCUCUGAUUCCUACCAACGAGUUCAACAGUUGUUACAACAGCAAUUACACAAGAUUAGGAAUUUGGCAGGUGCGCAGUUAAUAGAAGGUUCUCCUGACAUGUAAGAGUCAGGCCUUCAAGCCUUGUUCUGCAGUUUCAAAGACCGGCAAUAAAGAAUAUUGAAAGAAAUAGUAACUCCUGAGUAGAGGGAAUGGAGCUGGUAUCUUGCAACCUGGUGGGCCUCGAGCAUCAGAUUCUCGUGAGAUACACCAUUGGUGGUCUGAUUCUUUGUCGGGCUCCCAAGUAGGAAGAGUUAGUUAGGGGACAGAGGUAGAAAGGGCUAGUGGUCACCGUGAGAGAGCGAUUCAGCCAGAAUUGGGAGCCAGUCACCGAGACCACUGAGAGCGCUGCCUAGAUAGGCGUUUAUUUUGACUUCACGUCGCCUAAGCACGUAGCCCAUCCUUGCCACUACGCCGCCUAAUUCCAAUAUUAGGUGCCAUUGGGUCAUGGAGAUUGCAGACCAGUGCCACCAAGGAGGAUCCGAAGCACAUCGAUUUGACCUUGAGCCUACGUGUAAGUUUUAGGGCCCGGAAUGCGAUGGUCACGCAUGCUCUUCGACGGUAAAAGAAUCACAACAAAAAAGGGGUUGCGAAAAGACAAAACGGUACAAACUGUCAGAAAUGCAUAAAAAUAAAUAUAAACCCAGCAGGUGGACCAAGAGCAACACACCUAAAUUAAAAAAGAAGUAGUAGAAAUAGCUUGGUUGUAUUGCAUUAAGCACUUUGCUUUCAUCAUACCAAAAAAAAAGUGUCUUUAAAUACCUUUAAUAGGUGAAAAUGGUUCAUGUGGUUUAAGGGAUGUUGAUUGCGGCAAAUGCUACAUAAAUUAAGUUAGAAUGAGUUUGAAUAUAUGCGUGUCAUUUUAUACUGAAAUAUAAAUGGCUUGGGAAUUUGCUGUGUUCAUGACAAUGCCCUCUAAAUGAAGGACCUGGAUCAAAAUGUAAUUUGAUGCUUUGAUUGCAAGAAUAAUUCAGAAGCGAGGAGAGGGCCAGAGAGCGUAAUUAUGCCGAUGUGCGGUGGCGCCAGACAUCCUCUUGAGUGAUGUGACGUCUCGGCACAGCUGGUCCUUGAGAAGGAAGAGGUGACAUUUUUGGGGCUGGCCAAAGUAGGUGGGCUCUCCGUAACCGAAUUUGACUUGCACCAUUAUAAAUAAAAUUUAUUCACAAUUGCUUGCCAUGGAUUUGGUAGUUUUCCUUUUCACGGGACGAGUUUUUACACAGGGUUCCAAGAGGAAUCGGUGUCUUUUAUGCGAUUACGUAUCUCUCGUCUUUAUAAGCCGUUUCAAGCUCUCUACUGGUUUACUAUAUAUUUAACUCUCCGCAGCUUUUGGAUCGGUGUGGACGUUCUUGGCUCCAAAUUUUGUCGUGGUCCCAGUCCCAAGGAGACUUGUAGAUUUCACAUUAUCCUUUUCUUCUUUUUUUUCAAAGCACUUUCUAUG